UUUUAACCAAGGCACUACUUAAGUUUUGCAGCUGCUAGCAGAAAAGUCACUUUUACAAAAUCGCACAAAUGAUGGACAACCACACAGAGUGUCUUCUGCCUGCACAUGUUGCAUACAACAUGCUAAUUACAAUCUACUCUGCAGCGUUUGUUGGAGGAUCCGCUGGCAUUGUAACAAUGACCUUCGUGCUUUGUAGGGCAAACACACGUUCAGUGACUACAACAGCGGUUAUUAACCUGUUGGUGGUGCACAGUGUAUUCCUUCUCACUGUACCAUUUCGGAUUGCUUAUUAUAUUCAAAAGAAAUGGAUCUUUGGAUUUUACUUCUGUAAGGUGGUCAGUGCAAUGAUACAUAUUCAUAUGUAUCUUUGCUGUGUGUUUUAUGUGACAAUACUGGGAAUCCGAUGCAUCAGCUUCUUCAAACAUAAGGACAAAAUUGAGUUCUACAGGACACUGCAUUCAGUGGUGGCCAGUUCUGCUGUAUGGAUAGUUGUACUGGUUGUAAUUUUGCCCUUGUUCUUUUGGCGGUAUGGUGUAAAUGGCAGCUAUAAUACAGAGGAAUGUUUUCGUUUUGAAAUGGAAUUUGCCAAUCAUUAUGUGGUCAUCAUGAACUACAUUGCAACUGCAGUUAUUAUUACACUAGGUCUCAGUCUUCUGACUGUACAGAUUGUUAUAAUCGUAAAAGUUGUGAGAAAACUACACGGCUCUGUUUUUUCUCAUCAAGAAUUCUGGGCUCAGUUAAAAAGUCUAGUCUUCAUUUCAGUCAUGAUUAUUUGUUUCUUUCCUUAUCAUUUGUUCAGGAUCUACUACAUACAUCAUGCACAACAUUUCUUUAUGUGCAAUGAAAUAUUCCUGAGUAUUACUGCCCUCUGCUGUUUGGAUCUCAUAUCCUUUUCACUGAAAACCUACUUCCAGAAGGUACGCCAAAGCAUGGCAUGGGUCUGUGUAAAUGUAAAUAAAAGGACAUAAUUUAUGAGCCUCAAA